AUGGGGUCCCAUUAUAUCUGGGUGCCAUGCCCCAACCAGCAGCCUGAGGAGCAAGCCCGGACCGCACCCACUGCCCAUAUCCAGGCCACUGUUGAUGCCGCUAAGGCAGACCAGGCCAUCCAGGCCAGCCAGUUGACUGACGCGAACCCCUGGCUGCGGAUGACUCGGUGGGCCGACUAUCUGCAGGGCAUCCAGGCCCAUGACCUGCUAGCCUGCGUGGCAGCCCCGGAGGAAGAUGCUAUGGAUGCCACUGAGCAGUGGGUGCAGGUCAUCUGGGCCACCAUGGAGCAGACAGUCCAGCAUUGCAGCCAGGCCAUCCGGGUAGAAGCUGUCCGGUCCGAAAAGGGGCAGACCCCAUACCGGCCAUUAUUAGCAUACAUGGAUGAGGCUGCGAUCCAGAAGCAUGUCCGUCCAUGGCAGCAGAUAUUAGCAUUUAUUGCCCGCACGCAGGCCCCGCACGACUGGACCAGCCCGAAAUACGGGAUGACCGCCCGGCAGCGCAAGAAAUGGCGGCAGCUGUGGCAGCUGGCGGGCCCAGGCCCCCGGGGCAGCCCCGAUCCCAUGGAUCCCGAGACCGACGACCCGCAGCGGCAGGCAUGGGCCAUGACUGCCAUUGAAACAGCAUGCUUAGAAUUUUGCAUUGAGCUGCUGAACCAGCGCCAUCGCAGCCACGAAUAUGAGAGUGCAUUGGUAUGCGCCAUGGCCGUGUUGGGGCAGGGGGAAACCGGCUGGCGGGACCCCGAGAGCUACCCCCCAAUAUUAUCCCGCGUGAUCAAGGUGGCCCGAUUCAUGGUGGUGCAGAAGGCAUUAUGGAUGGACCCCAAUCCAUGGCAGAUCAUUCAGACCUGGGCGCGGAAGGACCAGAGCGCUGAAUGGGUGCUGGCCAGCGCGGAUGAUCAACUCGGGGAGAUUGAUGAGGGAUAUGGCAGUGAUGACCCCCCAUCCACCCCAGGGGCCCCGUCAUCGCCCCUAUCCCACAGGGGUUGA